AUGCCCACCGUCGCAGUCGAUAAAGCGAGCCUUUGGGAACGAUUGGGACAAGAAUACUCAUCUGAUGACUUCGAUAAAUUGCUCUUCGAGUAUGGCCUGGAGUUAGAUGAAGACACCACAGAGGAAGUUGAAGCAGCCAGGAAGAAGGGACUACCCACCGAGCGACCACAACUAAAAAUCGAAAUCCCCGCGAACAGAUACGAUCUCCUGUGCAUUGAGGGGCUCGCUCGAGCGCUUAACGUCUUCCUCAAUAAAUCAUCAAGACCUCAAUAUAAACUCGUAUACCCUCCCGGAGGGGAAGCAGACCUACUAACUGUAACAGUUAGUCCUGAAACCAAGCAAAUUCGCCCCCUCUUUGCUUGCGCGAUUCUACGGAAUGUUAAAUUCACCCAAGAAUCAUAUCAGUCUUUCAUAGAGCUCCAAGAUAAACUGCACCAAAAUAUCUGCAAGAGACGCCAGCUUGUGGCUAUUGGCACUCAUGAUCUCGACACGUUGAAAGGCCCCUUCAGGUAUGAAGCAAGACCUCCGCAAUCGAUCAAGUUCGCACCAUUGGGCAAAGACAAGGAGUACACGGCCGAGGAACUUAUGACAGUAUAUGAGUCUGAGAAACAUCUUGCGCGGUAUCUCCACAUCAUUCGUGACUCACCGGUGUAUCCCAUCAUCUACGAUGCAGAAGACCGGGUCCUCUCCAUGCCGCCAAUCAUCAACUCAAAUCACAGCAAAAUUACGCUGAACACCACCAACGUAUUCAUCGAUGUAACAGCUACUGAUCAGACCAAGCUAGAUAUUGUGGUGAAUAUGGUCGCUACAAUGUUCUCGGAGUAUUGCGCAGAACCUUUUACAAUCGAACCCGUCAAAGUAGUCUUCCCCGACAGCCAGACACGCAUAACCCCGGAUAUCUCGACGCGCGUUAUGUCUGCCCAUGCAUCGUACAUCAACUCAUGUACAGGGCUAUCUUUGUCAUCUUCGGAGGUUAAGACGCUCCUUGAACGAAUGUCACUAUCCGCAACGCUCUCUCCAUUAAAUCCCGAUGAAGUCUUGGUUGAAAUUCCUCCGACGCGUCCUGAUAUCUUCCAUGAGUGCGACAUCAUGGAAGACGCCGCUAUUGCCUAUGGUUUCAAUAACCUGCCGAAUAAAUUUCCCGCCACCAGCACCGUUGCCCAACCUCUGGCCAUCAGCAAGCUCAGCGACGUCGUUCGGGUUGAAUGGGCCCUGGCCGGCUGGGUCGAAGUCUUACCGCUUAUUCUGUGCUCGCUUGAGGAGAACUUUACAUUCCUCAACCAUCAAGAUGAUGGGAAGACGGCUGUUAAGAUAGCCAAUCCGAAGACACUAGAAUUCCAAGUCGUUCGGACUACACUUAUUCCCGGCCUCCUCAAAACCGUCCGCGAGAAUAGAUCGCACCCUCUCCCAAUCAAGAUCUUCGAGACAUCUGAUGUCGUGUACAAGGACGUUACGCGAGAGAGACAAGCUCGAAACGAACGCCACGCAGCGGCCGUGUGGUGCAACAAGACUGCGGGCUUUGAGAUUAUCCAUGGCAUGUUGGAUCGGGCGAUGAAGAUGCUUGAGAUUCCGAGAAUAUCUAGCGGCGAUUUCAAAGCUGACACGGGGUACUACAUCAAGGAAUGUGAUGACCCGAUGUACUUCCCCGGUCGCGCAGCAACGAUUUACUACCGUGCACCGUCUUCCAAGAAGGGAGGUCUUGCCGACAUCAAGCAGGAGGUUCAGGCGGCUCUUCAUAUCAACAAGGACCUUGCGAUUGGUGCCCUAGGUAUCCUCCAUCCAACCGUGUUGGAAAAGUUCGAUAUUGGGUAUCCCUGCUCCGCGCUGGAGUUCAACCUUGAACCGUUCAAAAAAGAGAUGCAGAGGAUUUGGACGAAUGCCGAACUCGAGUAA